AUGCAGGAAGUCGUAGACUCUGUUCAGAACUGGUCAGAUACUAGCAAAGAAAACGAAAGAUACUGUAUGUGGAUUUGAACGCGAAAAAAACGAAAGAUAAGUGGAUUUGAACGCGAAGAAAACGAAAGAUAUGUGGAUUUGAACGCGACGAAAACGAAAGAUAUGUGGAUUUGCUUUGGGGAGUCUAUCCCACAGCCACCCAAUCUUUACAUUGCGGAAAAUAUGAUCGAAAGAGUAGAUACAUUCAAGUUACUUGGUGUUGGCUGUCAAAGUAACAUGAAAUGGAAUUCUCACAUUAAAGAAAUUACCUGUAAAAGAAAUAGGAGAUUAUACCAUCUAAGGCAGUGUAGAAACGCCCACCUUCUUACGCAAAUCGAUCGUGCAACUUACUUACAACCAAAAUUCGACCCUUACUUGAAUAUACUGCACCAGUUUGGGUGCCAUACCUCUAGCUCUACUUACUGAAUGACCUUCAAGGCUUGAACGUAUCCAAAGAAGUUCCUUCGCUUAGCGAGGCUCUUCCAGAAAUGGAGGCAAUUGUUCGUGACACAAACCAUCCCUGUCACCACCUUGUCCCAGUCGCACAUAAACAUGACUAUUCUACUAGAAUUAAAGAAAAUCAACUUUAGAAAUUGAUCAAAUCGUGACGUAACGUCAGUUUGAUGGUGGGAGGCGAGCGACGACAACAUUUGAAGGACCACAACACUAUUUAAAUUUAAAAUGCAUUGGCGUGCAGGGGAUAUACUCAUAUACCGUAGUAUUUCUCAUGUUUAUUCACUUGUAUAGAUACCUAUAUAUGAUAUGUAGUAAUUUCAUUAUUCCUUAUGAUGACUAAAAUCUAGUUAUAUGUUUACCGUGUUCAGAGUUACUAUAUUGUACGAUUAUCAGUUAUUGACUCAUCAGUUAUCGCUGGUCAAAACUUUCGACGACCAGAUGAUUUAUAAUGCUAAUUGUAACAGAGUUUUCAUUUUGUUUAUAGACCGAAAACCAAGUAAUAUUGACCAAAAAAGCGAUAUCGAAGAUAUAGGCAUUGAUAAUAGUGAUAAUGAUGAGUCGACAUUAGUUGAUAAUAUUGAUCAUGGUGAUGAUAAUGAUGAAUCGAUGUCAGUCGAUAAUAGUGAUAAUGGUGAUGAUAAUGAUGAAUCAAUGUUGAUCGAUAAUAUCGAUCAUGAUAAUGAUGGUAGCAGGAUACAUAAACAAACGAGAAAAAAACUUCAAACUACAAAAUUUCAAAAGAGAAGAGAGAAAAUAUCCGACAGGCAUGGUUACAGCAAGACCAGUCUUGGCGAAAAGAGGAAUUUAAUGAGCAGUAAUGCUCCUAUAUCAGGUGAAAAUACUGGAAUUUCUCCAAGGGUCGGUUAUACGAAGUCCCGAUAGCGCUACCCACCAGAUUUAACCGUUGUAAAUAUGCUGAAGAAGCUACAAAAAUGCGGAUAUAAAUCUCACACAUAAUAAAAAGAAACUUUAAUUUAAGGAUAAAAAGCAGAGCCCAGCAAAUAACAUUGAAACCAAACGGAAUAAAAAUAAAAAAUUUAAUAGCUUACGUUUCGUUGUUUACAAUACAGCAUGUUCAGAGCAAUCUAAAUGAAUUUACCACAAAUGAAUCUAAAUGAAUUUGCUCUGAAGAUAUGUUGUAUUGUACACAACGAAACGUUAGUUAUUAAAUUAUUUACUUUCAUAAAAAAAAAAGUUCGUGCAGAGACUUUUCAUGGGGAAAAUUAUAAGUUGAAAUAAAAAAAUUCGUACAAGAGAUUAUAUUUUAAAAAAUUAUCGACACAAGCACAAAAUUUUAAAAAGAUAUUCGUACAAGUUGAAAAGGUCCCCCUCCCUUCCCCAUCACUUUCUAAUAGUUCGUCCCUUAUCUUUAAAUUAAGAUUUCCGCUUUGUGUAUCCAUUGCCACAUUUUUAGAAAGACACUUUAAUUGAUAAAUAUUAAAUUUUAAUCGGGUUAUAGAAAUUAACAGAUAAUUUUACAAAGAUAUAUCCGGUGGAUAGCGUACUCGGACUUCGUACAACCGGCCCCAGGUGAUUAUUUGUUCAUUUUCUAAGCCUGGUUUCCAUAUGGUUGUAAAUGUCGCAAGUUAAUUUCGUACCCAGGGAUCGUACAAGCAGCUGGAGGUCGUUUUAAAAAAAAGUGUUUCCACGCUGUCGUUUUUCUGUUUCCAUUACAUGUAAACUACGUGAAGCGUUCCUCUUUUGACUUCCUAACUCAUUUGGAAUUUUCCUUAUUAGCUUUGCAAAUUUGAAAAACUCUUUGCAAACUCCUGAGGGAAUUUGCAAUGUUCCUAUUGGUUGUUGCAAAAUUCCAAUGCAAAAAAACUUCAUUUUAAAUUUUCCUAACUUCCUGUUUUAAUUUCCUGACUUCCUGUUCUGUUCUGACCGUCGUCAUUAGUGGAUUAUGUUUAAUUGUUAGCCAAUCACAACGCACAGAACAGAACAGAACAGGAAGUUAAGAACUUUUAACCGGAACUGAGGAAAAUUUAAUUGGCUCUUAGCAACAUUGAAAAUUCCCUCAAGGGAUUUGCCUCUAGUUUUUUAAAUUGCAAAGGUAAUGAGGAAAGUUGCAAUCAAUUUAGAAACUCAAAAGAGGAACGCUUGACGUAGUUUACCUAUAAAAACUAAUCGGCACGACACGUUUUUAGCCUGUCGCUACCGUCGUCGAGAAAUUAAAUCUUAAUAUAACAGUUUGUUUACUGACAGCCACGGCCGCCGAGAGGGCAGGGGGUUUUUGUCCCGGUGCCCCAGCUCCAAAGGGGCCCCCAAAGCAACGAAGGCCCUUAAAAUUUCCUGAUACAAGAUUGCUUAAAGCCUGGUUCACAUAUGCCUGCGACUGUAUCAUUAUGCCUCUACUUGCCGCCGAAAUACCGGCAAAGUUGAACUCAAGUCAACUUUCCCGGCCUACCGCCGAUGUAACUGUGGCACUGGAGGCAAUCGGCGAACAAAUAAUGUUCACAUAAUUUACGUUUUAAAGCUACCAUUGGCAUCGUCGCCGGUACAUCGCAGGCAUAUAUGUGAACCAGGCUUAACUGAGAAUACAAAUCCUAGCUGCGUUCAUGCCGGACAACACACAAUAUAGUGCAAAAUAUCGUAAAACAACGCUUCUACUAUUUCGCAAUUAUAACUGAUAUAACGUCAUAGGGUCCCCCUGGGAAACAGCGAACUAAUUAGUUAGCUUAAGGUGGCUCCCUACUGUUGUUUAAGCGUGGGACUGGUAACGAAAUGACUCGAUCUUGUCGAGGUGAAAUUUUAUUACGUCAGCAAAAUUUCAUUUGAACGUGCAGGCUUUGUAAUGCAAUAACUUAUUAAGUCAAUUUUUCUAAAAUUUUGUAUUUUAAAAGUACUGCAACAUACUCAAUUUUUAAAAAUUUUCUCAUAGACAGUUUAAUUUUGUGGAACAAAUUUCGCGUAAUAUCUCUCAAAACUGAAUUUAUAAACCACCUAAUUUUUUAUUAUAAUCUUCCACUUGAUAUCCCCUUUACAGCUACAAAAUUUCAGAAACUUUGACAGAAGGAAAUUUCAUUAAGUGCUAUUUAAAGCACGCGUAGGAGUGUUUUAUAUCUGAUAAAACACGACUACAAGUAAAAACGACUCAUCUUAUCUGAGUUCAUUGGCGAAGUAUUUUUUUAAAUAAACUUUGUCUAAACCGAGAAAAUCAAAGCUAAAGUUUAUGUAAAUUAACAUGAUUUUUUAUCACAUAUAAAGAUACGAUACGCUUAUGAUUUUUCUUUGUGUUUUCCUCCUGAAUUAUUAAUGAGUUUUUUAAAUUCACUUUUAGGCCACACUGUUACCAUAGCAACACACAAUUUGCUUCUUUCGAACGAUUUUGCUUGAGGGUUCAAGAUUACCCAAGCGUUUCGACUUCAAAAAAAUCAUCUCCAUUUCACAUAAAUAGAAAAUAUUUUGCGUCAAUGUGAAAGCCUUCAGUUCUUCGCUGCGGUUCUUUACAACUGUAGGGAGCCACUUUAAGCAAGCGACGUUUGCAAUUGUUCAAAACGGCAAUCUGUUCCCCUCGGCAAUCUGUUGACAAAAUCGUCACUUAAUGCUUAAAGGUGAUCUACAGUCCGUAUGUAAACAAAGCUUUUGUUUACAUUUUUGUGUCCAAAAUAUUGAGCUUUAUUCAACAACUAUUUAUAUUUUCAAACUUCUAGAGUAUAAUAAAUGAUCAAGAAACAACAAUCAGGCUUUUCAAGAACUCAAAACGUAGUUAAACUGUUUGUAUCAUAAAAAGUGGGCUCAUUUGUGCACAUGCGCAGAUCGGACUGUAGAUCACCUUUAAGCUCCAUAAUAUCUGCAUGAUAAUUAAUAGGUCUCUAAUACUUAUAAGAGGCAAUUUUUUUCAAUGUCGUGCAUUUGCGAUAAAAAAGUGUUCUCAAAAUUACUUUGUUUUAACUUUAUUCUCUAGUUUAUAAACAUAAACCGUUCAGAAACGUAAAAUAAUAGUAAAAAAAUUCAAUUAAAAAUACAAUUGUCUUUGAUGCUGUAAAAUUGACGCCAUAUUUAUACAGCAAUAUAAGCAAAACUUGCUGAACUUCAUACAUCAUGUUCUCUUUUGCGUACCAUCUAAAAUCUCUUCAUUUUAGCAUUACUUUACAGAUAAAGCACUAAACAUACUUUUUAAGUUUGUUUGCCGCUUGAAAAACGAAUUAGAAAAUUGAAUAUAGUCAUAACCAAGUGGAAAACUAUGUUCAUUAGUUUUGAGCGCGUGUUACGUUACGUAACAUACAAAAAAAUCUCCUCUUAACAUGACACUGAAUGUUUUCCUAUCACAAACCAUUGAUCAGAGUGUGCCAUUGUCUCUUCAUUGUUUCGAAAAUCCCAUCGUUCUCCAUGCCAACCAGUCGCCCAUUGUUUUGACUGAUAUUUUAGUAUUAAUAUGCUAAUUCCCUGUCAAUAAUAGUAAUGCAUAUGCAAUUCAUUAUAAGUAUACUGUAUAUUGACUAAAUUUUCAUUGUAUUUUUUACUUUCUUUGCCAGCAGAUUACAGUAAUGCAUCAGAUUACACCAGAUUCCCAAGUGAUUUAGACAGCAGUUUACCUUCAGCUAACUAUAAUAGUGGUACCUCAUCGACCAAAAGCUAUGGUUUGCAUUCAGAAAACUAUAACACCCCUUCUGCACCGGCUCAGAGUUAUGGCUUGUCUUCAAAUACUGCUGAGGACAAUGAAUACGAGCAAUUUCCAAAGCAAAAUAAUGGAUUUUUGAGAAUUACAAAUUCAGAUUUUAAGAAUGGUGUUGGAGCUGGUAUGAACGGUAAAGGCAACAUUAUAAGCAACGCUAAUUUUCCGAAAAACAGUCAACAUGGUCUCGCUGUGGAAGAUAAAGGUAAAAACACUGAACUAUAUAACAUGGAAGGCUGACUCAAGCUCAAAAAGUGAAGCCAAACAUGGCGGAAAUUGAAUGCGUUUUUGCGCGUCAUUCUCAGUCCCCUUACGUGCGCGGUCAACUAAACUUUUAUAGUUUUAUUUUCCGAGUAAAAACCUGAUAAAAACAGACGAAAUUUGAAUGAAAAGUUGAAUUCUGGUGGGGGUUUUUGGGUUCGGGUCUAAAUUUUAAUUAUUAUUUAUUUAAAAGAUGCGAUAUUUGAGUGGAAAGAAAGCAAAAUAGCGCGGGAUUGUUGUUUUUGUAAAUGACAAAGAGUGACAAAACAAAACACAAAUGUCACUCAAUCUUUCAAAAUAUCUGUAUUGCCCCUAUUGACAAGGGUUUCACACACAUAAAUAACUCAUUAAAAUAAACAAUUUAAGUUUAUAAAGCAAUCAUCAAAGUGAUUUUAUUAAAUAGAAAAUAAAAAAACAAAAUUUUCUUACAUGUAUGAAAUACAUGUAACUCAUGUGCCUCGAAAACUGCAGUUAUUAAAAAAGCAGUUUUAGGUCUGGAGAACGGACUAAAAUAAGCUAAAUAAUGGUGUGAAAACUGAAAAGCACCAUAAAAACAAGAAAGCGAAGAAACAACCAAAGCAAAAAUAAAUUACCAAUUUAUAAAAAUACAGAUUUAUUAAAAAAAAACAAAAAAAGUUUGAAAUUUAAUAGUUGUUGAAUUCGCAACGAAAAAUACAGAUUUACUCACACAUAGAGAGGGAAAAUGCAGUAGACAGAUCGAUUAGAUGAAGGAAAUCAGGUUUACAUGAAAUAAAUGAAGUUUAUUUCGUUUUUUUGCUCUUUUAAAAUGAAAAAAAAAACACAACCCGAGAGUCGCGGACCCAUCACUUCCCGGCAUGAAAAUACAAAAAAUGUUUGGCCGCGCGGGUAAGGAGACUGAGAAUGACGCGCAAGAAUGGCUUCAAAAUCCGCCAUCUUUGGCUUCACUUUUUGAUUACGUAAGCCUUCCAUGUAUAUAGUUCACUGGGUAAAAAUGGUAGGCGUAUGCAGUAAUAUAGUCUCUGUAUAUUACUGCAUACAUAUUACAAGUAGUUAAUUGUAUCUCUAUAGGCCUGUUUACACUUGCAAUUUUUGCUGCGAUUUUAGGUGCGACUUUCGUCUUCUGAUGCAUGUAAACGAGUAGAUCAGAAUGAAUGUUCUGAGUAUAUCUACCCUCAUCUCAACAUUCAUAACUCUUCCACUCGUUCACAUCCAUCAGAAGAAGGAAAUCGCACCUAAAAUCGCAGCAGAAAUUGCAAGUGUAAACAGGCCUUAUUAUUCCGAAGUUUUUGUGUAUUCGUGUAUUUUAAAAUAUUUUGCAUUCAAUAGUAAGCUAAUUACUAAAUUAUCAUGUGAAUUACAACAAUUGCUAACAAAAUUUAAAUAGUUUACAUUACUCUAUUUACAAAACUUGACGAAGUACUGUUUAAAACAUGGGCAGCAGUGUCUUAUCAGAUAUAAAGAUACGAGGCGAAGCCGAGUAUCUUUAGGUCUGAUAAAACACGGAUUGCGAAUUUUUUAAAUUGCUUCAAAAGCAUUUAGUAAGUUCAUUGGCGAAGUAAUUUUCAAAAUAAAUACGUUGUGUAAGUCGAGAAAAUCAAACUUAAAGUUUAUGUAAAUCAAGGGAAAUCUCUAUCACAUAAAGAUACGACACGCUUAUUAUUUUUCUUUGUGUUUUCCUCGUGAAUUAUUAAUGAGUUAUUAAAUUAGGAUUAAAAACCAAGUCCAAUAAGAUACUUACUACUAAGAGAUAAAGUUUGAUUAAAUCUAUACACAUUAAUUCUACUAAAAUUAUACAAUCUGUCCCCGUUCGAUCUACUGGUUCUAUCCCUAACGUCCUCUACUUUGUUGGGUAAUAAAGUGUGUAGUUUAUGAUUUGCAUCAAGCAUAGACUGAAUUAGGUUGAUACACAUAUCUUCCCUACGAGAUUCCAAGGUAUCAAGAUUACACGUUAACAAAGCCUCUUGAUAAGUUACUUCAGGGUAGAUUGUACGCGGAUAGCUCGUUUCUGGAUUCUUUCAAGAUCAUGUGACUGUUCCGUUGUUUAGUUGCCAUGUCAUAACUGGGCACAGUAUUCAAGUGUUGAUCUAAUGAUAUAUAUGUGAAAAAAAAGAACUUUCAAAUCUUGAGUUGGAAAAACUUUAAAAAACUAACUAUAACGUCUAACUAACUAUAACGUCUAUAACUUUUCAAAACCUUUGAAAGAAACAAACGUUUUGCAGCCUUUUUCAUUUCAAAUCAUCAUCGAUCCAUAAUCCAAGCAAUUUAGGCCGUGGGCUGUUGUGCGAAAAAGUGCCAAGAAAAGCAAUUUCGUGGCACCCACCUGGGAAAUGGAUUUUCUGUGGUUCAAUUCAUAGAACCAUAGAUUCUUAAUUACCACAAAAAGUUCCCAAGCAAAAAACUUGCCCAACAGCGAGAAAAUGGGUGAUCAGUGAUUAUCCUCUAUUAAAUUGUAUUACAGCAAGAAAAUGUAAAAUUUUGUAUUCAAUUACAACAAAAAUGACUUGCAUUAUCAGAAAGCUUACAAAAACCUACAUAUAACACAUCUAUAAACAGUUUUUUUAUAUCUAAAAUUGUUUUCGAGUUAUACGCUGUCAAAAACGCGUUUUUGACCUAGUACCCAGUCCUUAUUGCGACAUUUUGGUCCAAUUUUCACACUUAAAACAGCAAUAACUUAAAGACUAUUUGAAAAAUCAAAAAACUGUUUAAAAGUCUUAUAUGCGGUUUUUUGUACGUUUUCCGAUGAUGAAAGUCAUUUUUAUUGUAAUUGAAUACAGAAUUUCCCAUUUUUUUGCCGUAAUACAAUUUAAUAGAGGAUAAUCAUUGUCACCCAUUUUCUCAGGAUUGGGCAACUUUUUUGCUUGGGAACUUUUUUUGGUAGUGAUGUACCUAUAUAUGCCUUUCAAAUAAACCCCAAACCAAGUAUUUCCCACAUGGAUGCCACGGAGCGAAAUAAUUUUGGCCAACAGCCCACGGCCUAAUUUGUUAAAACUGACACAAACACAGUUUUUAUAAUAAUCCAAUCUCCUCUUUUAAUAUUAAUGCUAAUUUCCAGUCAAUAAUAAUAGUGCAUAUGCAACUCAUAAGUAUGUUGACAAGGGCCUGUUUUAUCAGGGUUGGAUAGGUUUGCUGAAUAAUUAGGCCAAACACCGUCACACUAAGCCUUUGUUUUCUUUGUCUUGGCCUUUUGUUUUCUACGGCACUAAUGACGAUUUGGCCUAAUUAUUCAUCUAAUUUACCAACCCUGUGUUUUAUACAUCGAAUUUCGGUCGCGUCGAAUGCAAUUCAAACAAUAGAUAAUGAAGCUUAAUGAGGUUUAUCAUCUCAAUAUCUAUUGUCUUAAUUGCAUUCGACGCGACCAAAAUUCGACUUAUAAAACAGGCCUAAAUUUCCAUUGUAUUUUUUUACUUUCUUUGCCAGCAGACUCCAGUAAUGUUUCAGAUUACACCAGAUUUCCAAGUGAUUUAGACAGCAGUUUAACUCCAGCUACCUAUAAUAGUGAUACCUCAUUGACCAAGACCUAUGGCUUGCAUUCAGAAAAUUAUAACACCCGUCCUGCCACGGCUCAGAGUUAUGGCUUGUUUUUAAAUAGCACUGAGAACAAUGAGUACGAGCAAUUUCCAAAGCAAAAUGGAAAUUUGAGAAUUACAAAUUCAGAUUUUAAGAAUGGUGUUGGAGCUGGUAUGAACAGUGAAGGCAACAUAAGCAACACUAAUUUUCCGAAAAACAGUCAACAUGGUCUCGCUGUGGAAGGUAAAGGUAAGAAGGGAAGGCGUAUGCAGUAAUAUAGUCUCUGCAUUACUGGAUACGUAUUACCAGCAGUGGUAUCCCUAUCAUUCCAAAGCUUUGUAUGUAGUAAUACCUUUUAGUCGAUGUACAGUAGAACCAUGCUAUAUCGAAAUGGCUAUUUCGAACUUCGACCAUUUCCAGCUAGUGCGUUGCCCGUAGUAUUGGCCAAUGUACAUUGCCAAAAUACACGAGGAUCAAUUAACAAUAAUCUACUGCCUAGAGCAUAAUAGCCUAUCGGAGGCAAGAUGGCUGUGAAACUCAUUAGAAUGAGAAUAUAAUCAUUAUCUAUGUUAGUCAGCGUUUAUUCAUAAAUCUGGUCCUUCACCGUCACGUGUGUUCUGUAUUUUUGCCAAAUACACCAAUAGCAAUUUCCCCUAUUGUUCGGGUCACGGAUAGGCAACUUUCCUAAAACAUUGCUAUUGGUUAGUUGGCCAAAAGUACAAUACACACGUGACGGUGAAGGACCAGAUUUAUGAGUAAACAUUGACUAACAUUAGAUCAUUAUGCAAAUUCUGGCAAACGCUCUUUUAAUUAAACAAUCUGCCAUGCAUACCUGUAAACAGUGGCGGCGCCAGGCUUCCAAAUUUGGGGGGGCAUUUGAGGGGCAAACUCAAAUUUUUGGGGGGGGGCAAGAUAGAAUUUUUGAAAAGGUCGCCCCCCCCCAGGAAAUUCGCCCCCCCUCAAAACGUGGCGAUAUUCCUAGGAAUAUCGCCUCCCAGGGGGGUGGGGCGAAUACCCUAGGAAUAUCGUCCCUCUUUAGGACAUUCGCCCCCCAUAUAUGCGAUGUGGUUUAUUCAAAUAAUUUCGUGAUACUUUAAUCUUAUUAUUGCCUUACACGUUUGAGAAUUUAACUCUGCAAAACUAAAGCUUUUUUGUCUUUUUUUGAAACGUGUUAUUGGAGUAUUGGCAAGUUUUACCAUUCAGAGAUUUACAAACUAAUAUUGAAACUGUAAAAAACAGUUUCAUAUGUAUAUGCGCAUUCACUAAUGAGUAAUGACAACUUAUAAGCCAUACAUUUUCCGAUAACGACAGAAAGCUUGUGUAGCCUUUAGUCGCUCUUAGUGACUAAUAAUUUUUUUGAGGGGGGGGCAAAAUGGGGGGGCAAAAAAUAAUUUGGGGGGGCAUUUGCCCCCCCCCGGCGCCGCCACUGCCUGUACAUGAGUUAUGUUACGCACUCGUGGGUUUAGGAAAGUGCUCCGGGCAUUCAAAUGUAACAAUGAUUGAUCCUAAAAGUCUCCUUUUUAUACACCCUGUAUAUAUUGUGCAUGGCGAUCCCAUAUUCGUGGUUUCAUAAGUUUUCAAGUAUUUUUAUAAAGGUUAAAAUCACAACCGGCUCCUGAAAACGACCAGAGUUUCACUACAUAUUCGUUCCCUACCCUAGAUGCAGAACAUUUAUUUUCUAACCACUUAUAUGGCAAUUCUCACAGUUCUGACACUUAUCAAGGUAUGUAUGAAUAAUGAUAAUGGACCUUUGCAAGACACUUGUUGCCAUAACAAUAGACAGAUUCGAAAAAUUGUUUUCAUUCUUUUUUCUCCCGAAAUUAAUUUCCAAGGAAAUAAAUUUCAAUUGCCUGGUAAUGUAUGAAAUAUGCAAUGCUGUAAAAUUGUGGCAGCUAGUCAGAACUGAUGUUUCAACUUGUGUACGACUGGAUCCUCCAACUGGUGUACGACUCAAGCAGAUCCUGCCCCAAUAGUUUUUGAAUUUGCUCAAUAUCUAUUUUAACUUAUGGAGGUAGCGUUGGUUUAUGUAUCCCUAACUUCAGUAGCCAUCUCAAGCGGGAUUCGAAGUCGUUGACUCGAUACCUCAAUGAUGCGUGUUCGUAUCUCGUUCGAAACAACGAAUUCUUUGUCGCUCUCUGCAGUAUCAGAAUUGAUAUAAAUACGUCUUUCGUAUCUCUUAAGGCUAGUUUCCACUCAGGAAAAUUAUCAGUGGAUUGGAACAGACAAGAAAACUUUUCUUUGUGUUAAAGUCAUUAGUUCCAACCCAGAGCUCACAAGACAAAGAAAUACUUUCUUGUCCGUUCCAAUUCACGGAUAAUUUUCCGGAGUGGAAACUAGCCUUUAAGCCUGAUGUACACUGUCAAAGUUAGGAAUUUUGCAUACUAGGUAAAUUCUAAGUUUUGAAGCAUUUGUAAGAAAUGUUUGAGUCAGUUACCUCUACCAUCUUUACAAAUUCUUCAAAACCGAUGCAAGAUUCCUACUGUGACCACAGAAACUUUGAUAGUGUAAACAAGGCUUAAGAUCUAUUGUCACAAAACUAUUUUGUAUUUUGUAUAGCUAGUGGCCAAGCGUUAUCAGUACCAUAUCCAAAGCAUCAAUCCCUCCUGCCAACCUCAAGACCUCAUUCCCAUCUUCCACCACAAGUCAUAAUACACCCUUUGUCUCAAAGACCCCUUGCAGAUGCACCACCGGAAUCCUUAAAACUUCCUUCAGCUCCGGGUACUCCCCAACAAGGACCACAAAGUAAGUCCUGGUGGGCAAGGGGCUAUGGUGGCGCAUUCGUCAGAGCAAGUAAAUUUCACCUCUGAGAUCGUAGGUUCGAUUCUGGCUACGAACUCAUGACACUUAUGUGAAGAGUCGGUCAACGCUGUACCGCAAGCCGUUGGAUUUUCUCCGGGUGCUCCGGUUUCUUCCCACAAGGAAUGUUGACAGGGUGGGUUAGGAUUAGCCCCUGACCCUUCCACCAUAGCUGUGCUCCAAAGCCAAAGAGUACAGCAAAGUAAACAUCGCCUCCUUCGGCCAUGUUUUGCGUGUUGAAUGUUUAGCCAUAGAGAUUAUAAAUAACACUAGAGGAGGCAUCGAGGUUAAAAAUUGGGAACGCAGCUAAUUUGAGGCAAAUUCAAAUCCCGGAUAUAAAAUCAUGCCCUCAUUGUCUGAUUUGAAACUCCUCGCCAAUGGGCGCAUGAGCACACAUCCGGGACUUAAAUUUGCUCCCCAAUAGCCGCAUUCCCUUUUUUCCCUGAUGUCAAAAUUGCGAUGCCUCCUCUAGUGUUAUUUAUAAUCUCUAUGGAUUUAGCCUAUACACGUCAGCCUGACUUUACUCUCGCACAUUUUCUACUUCUGGAUGUCUUGCUGGGAAAAUAAAUACCAAUACUUUCUAAAACAUGGUCGGAUGAAAAAACCCAACACAGCAAAACUGAUAAGCGGCAUUUAUAUUUCUUCUGCUUUAUAAAAAUACAAGGUCGGGAUAUCCGUAAUCCAAUGUAACAAAGAAGCGCACUUUUUAAUAUUUCAGAUCAUAUCUACUACAUAACAAUCUUUACUGGUCACGAGAGCAACGCAGGAACGAAGGCAAAUGCUUUUGCUAUACUCAGUGGAGAAAAUGGUAAUACCAAGGAGAUUGAACUGAAGAAGAAACAGGGAAAUAUAAUAAUACCACCUAUCAAGAGUGGAAGGUGUAGUAUAUAUCACAUGCAUGUCAAGUUCAGUAAUGCACACGUUUUUGGUCGCCCUUUUUAUGCUUAUUUCAUCUGAACGUGUUAACCUCGCAAUGCCGUCGGCUUGACAAUUUCUUUUUCCGCAGACAGUCGGAUUCCUCAUUGAUAGUCGGACGCAUCAUUGACCAGCGCCCUUAAACAAAACAUUCAGCGGAUAUUCUUCUUAUUAGAGGCGAUUCCUACUGUGUCUUUGCGCGCGCAAUUGUUGAUUUAAAAAUAUUGUAUUGCUUGGUUGAGAGGGCAAAAUCUGAGCAUCCUGUGUGGUGAUGACAUCUGACCUAUUUUGUUAAUGUCCGACUAUCAAUGAGGAGUCCGACUGUCUACCGAAAAAAAUUUGCGUCGGCUCGACCAACACGGUUCUUGGGGCAUGCUCCUCUAGAAAACAUUGCGUUUCCGAAGCCUCGAAAUACCAUUUUCCAUGUUUCCUGAGGGGGAUUUUUAUCAAAGCUGUGAAUUUCUUACAUAUAAUUUUCAGAAUUUUGAAAUGCCCUUAAAAACUUUUUACAACCUCAUCCCCCUUGUUUUGAGAUAACAUUUGCUCUGUAUGCAUUUGCUUUGUAUUAUAUGUAAUAUUUCAAAUCCGACUAUGAGGACUGGACUAGAUUUCUAGUCCGCGCAAUUUGAUCAAGUCCGAGGCGAAGCCGAGGACUGGAUCAAAAUGCGAGGACUUGAAAUCUAGUCCAGUCCGAAUUGGAGGAUUUGAAAUGACAUCUCAUGCGAAUAAAUUACUACUUAAUUAGUUUGUUAAUUUUUUUGUAUAUAUAUAUACAUAUAUAUACAAAAUCCAAAAUCCAAAUAAAGGCGAUCUUUGGAGUUACACUUGUUCUGUAUUUUGUUAAAAUACUCAGUGGUUCUAAAUAUAUUCUAUAGUGCCGUUGCUUUCGAAUUUGUGAAUGUUGAAUUGGGUAAUUUGAAGUCAGUCACAAUAAGACACGACAACAAGGGUGGAAAAGAAUCCUGGUUCAUCACCCAGGUAAAUAUGAUUUGAUCAUUUUGUCGAGAGCCUCAAAACGAGAUCGAAAAUCUAGUCGAGAGCCUCAAAACGAGACUCUAAACGAAUCUCUAAAUGAUUCUUCAAAGAUUUCUUAAAUCACUAAUCAAUGUAUUGUUCAUAUGAAAAUACGGGUUGAUUUCAAAAACGGCACAACCGUCUAAUGUAGUCUGUGGUAGUCUGAAUAGAUGCCUCUGAAUAUUCCGCUAGAAAUUGCAUGUGUUUGCUAAUCCUGUUCGUAAAAGCAUAUUCGUUGAAAGAUUAGAGUCUAUAUAUAUAUAUAUAUAUAUAUAUAAUUUUGUGACAGACAAAAUUUCAUCACAGCACGAAAGAGCAGACUUGUUGAGAUCAAAAUUUUGGUUAGUUGGAGAUUGGUCCAAUGGGGUAGGCUGGGGUUGACUUAGUACAAUUUUCUCUGUGUGGAAGUGUGCAUGGAUGUCGUCCGGAAUGAACAUUCAUCCCCAUUAUAUGCAGAGUGUCUAAAAAAACGCUAUGGAAAUUCAACAGGCUGUCGUGCAUCACAAACUUUGCUAAACAAUUCAAUUUUUACAUAGGACUAAAGAGAUGUUAUUUAGCUUUUCUAUGAUACUCUUUUUAAAUUUUCUAUGAUACCCUCAGUAAAUAAAGUAUUUUGACUUUGACUUAAUGCAAUAAUGACGUUCUUAUUGUCUCACAAAAAGGAAGAUUGACGAGUUGAUCUCAUUUUAGAUAAUUUAACAUUCAACUUUAAUUCCCCCUUGGGAAUUGUCUAUGUUUCGUUUUCCAUGCAAUUCCCAACGGUGGAAGAAUGUGAUUUCGACCGGCAAUUUGUAUUUGACGAGUAUUUGGGCAUUUGUCAUCGUUACGAUGUAUCAUAGAAAAGCUAAAUAACUGUUCUUUCAUCCUAUGUAAAAGUUGAAUUGUUUAGCAAAGUUGAUGAUGCACGACAGCCUGUUGAAUUUCCAUGGCGUUUUUUUAGACACCCUGUAGGACAAUAUGGUGCAACACAGUCGCUCAUGUUCCAAAUAGUACUAAUAAGUGUUGUUAUCUUGAUGGUCUGUUCGUAGGUGAAUGUUCUUGAUUCAACCACUGGCGACAACUACAUGUUUAAUGCAGGAAAAUGGCUUGACAAACAAAGUGGUGACAAGAAACUGUCAAGAACGUUUUUCAAAGGUGAAUAUACUGUACAAUUAAUGUAUAGCACUAUUGUUCUGACAACAGAGUGUUCAGUAGCUAUAGUGAAAAAUUCGUACAGUUAUUUCCCAAAAAGCCCUGAGUGUUCUUAUGAGGAGAAAUAUAUUCAGAACAUUCAGAACUCAUCUACUUGUUCACAUGCAUCAGCAAACGAAAAUCGCUCUAGAAAUCGCGGCAAAAAGUGCAAGUGUAAACGGGCUUUGCAAAGCCUUUGACUCGAUCAGGUUGAGCUGUGUCCUUGCGCAAUUCAGCUUAGCUUCCAGUUGCAAGUAAGGCUGAUUAGUGUUUGAUCUUUAAUCUAAAAAGGAAAAUGGCAAUAUAUUUUUUUAUUUUCUUAUUUGAAAGAACUUUUAAAACAGACUAUAUUUAAUACUCUUUACUGUUCUUUCAUAUCUUGCUUACUUCGACAAAUAUUUUGAUCGAAAGGAAUGAAAUGUUCGCCAUCUUGGAUUUUUGUAGACUAUCUAGACAACCACUUAUCAUUUUGCACUCAAAACUAUACUCUGUCUGCCCUUUGAAAUAUCAAGAUCACUCUUUAAAACAUCUACCAAUCAAUAUUUGGUCAGCAACGAAUACUUUUAUACCGUUAAUGAGAUAAAAAAUGUAUCCAAGAUGGCGGACAUCUCAUUUUAAUACUUCACGUGAAAAUAUUUCAAGAACUAAGCAAGAUAUGGAAAAUCGGCAAAAGAAGUUUAUAUAUAGUUUCCAAAGUUCUUUCAAAUGUGAAAAUAAAAAUUUAUGUUGCCAUUUCCCUUUAAUUAAAAUUAUUUAUACACGGUAGACUUUCAGUAUAAUAUUUAAGGUCUGAUUUUCAAACUGCCCUGAUAAAUACAACAAAAUAUAGAUAUGAUAAUAACGUCGUUUGAAACGUUAAAAAAAACAUUACAAAAAGUCGUCAAAAUACAAGAAUAAGCGCCGACAAUUUCAGGAAAACUUAUCUAUCGAUUCGUAUGUAUUUUUGAGCUAUUAUAUUUCAAAUGCAAAGCACAUACAUUCUGUCUCGGCCGGUCGAGUUACCCAGGCAAAGUGUUUAUUAUAAGUAAUAGCAUGGCUUGAGGGAGAUUAGUGAUUAAAUGGCCCCGUAACCCGAGGCAGGUUUGCGGAAUUCCCGAGGGCGAAGCCGAGGGAAUUCCGCAAACCUGCCGAGGGUAAGGGGUCAUUUAAUCACUAAUCUCCCGAAAAGCCAUGCUAUUAGUUUGUAAUAGCAUAGUUUCGCUCCCAUUUAAAAAUGGACAAACAUGCCCUACUUGGAAUCAGCGUAUUUAAGCUAAAACAUUUGCUUCAUUGCUUGUGGGAUGUAAAAGCUUGUUGCACAUGCGCACUUUUUACGCUUUAAUCGGUUACGCAUGCGCAAUCUAUCAUUUAACGUACCACAACAAACACGCUAAAUAUAUUAGUAUAAAUUUGGAGACUGCACGUGCGUAAUUUAAAUGAUGCGGCAACUCAGAGAUCGGAUGAUAGACUAUUGACGGCUCUGAGCUAACUGUUGCUGUUCCUUGCACGAUUAUGUGCGUGAGGACCUUGCCUAAUGCGUAGUCGUCAGGGAGACAAAGGUGUGACCCUUGGUAACGGGCGAUUAGUUUUAAUCGCCCGCUCUAGCGGGCGAUUAGAACUAAUCGCCCGCUACAGCGGGCGAUACGUGAUUAAACGUCCCUGUUGAAACAAAAGAAACCCGAGCAACUAUGCUAUUACAUGGUAAAAUAUUCAUCUCCCCUAGGGCUAAGCGAUAUAUCCCUCCUCUUUCUGCCGGGAAUUCCCCAAGAAAGAGUUAUAAACCGAGUAGGAGGUUUAUAACUGAUAUAUUGACCCGAGGACGCGUAGCGUCCGAGGGGCAAUAUAUCAGUUAUAAACCGACUUUCGAUGUUUAUAACUAACUUAUAUCACACUUGCGGAGGUUUUCCAACAUAUUUUGUCAUUUUCAAAAAUUUUUAAUGAAAAAUUCUCGCGUUUUGUCUACAAGUUUAAUCUAAUCAUUUAUUCAAGGUCUAUAAGCUAGUUAUAAACCUCGGACGAACAAAGAAAACCGACGCAAGUGUGAUAUAAGGCGAGUUACGUACUCGGCUGCAUCUUGUAAACAGUCACCCGGCAUUACUUCUACUGUGUGUUUAAAGAAAAUGGUAAUCGAACUUCAGCGCGCUAUUCUACGUGGAUUACUCGGCAUAUGAACAAACUUUUUUCAUAUUCGGAAAGAUGUGGUUUUAGCUAUUGAAUGAUAUGUUUUUCAUGGCAAGUGGAGAAAAAAUAAGCAAGUACAAGUGCGAUAAAUCUUUUUAGUCGCAUAUUUUCACCUCUGUGCCUAAUUAAAGCAGUGCAUACAUGACGGCAAAAGAAAAAGCAAUUAAUCACGAACUCGUCAUAGCUUAGCUAGGUUUUUUCCUACUUAAUAAUAAUUCUGAAUAUGUGCGUAGUUUAAUUAGUUUAAUGAAGUUAAAUUCAUCAGCUUAAGUCCUAAAGGGGGUUAAUUUUCAAUGGUUUUAGACCCAACUCUCAACGGUGAAAAUAUGCGAUUCUGACUAACAUUUUUUAUCGGAUUCGUAUUUGCUCAUUUGUUAUCCAUUUCGCAUGAAGAACAUAUCAUUCGACAGAUGAAAGCAUGAUCUUUACGAAUAUGAAAAAAUCUCGGUCAUACAUAAAGUAAGUCAGAUACAAUAGCGUGCUGAAGUUCGAUUACCUUUUUUUUAUACAUCCUGUAUAAUAGCCGGGUUUUCGCCCUUGCCAAGUACUUGCCUUUCACCUCAGUCUAAAGCCCGCCGCACACGAGAGCAACUUGCUGAGCUAACCGCCACGCGUGCCAGCUAGCUCAGCCGCUAUCUAUUUUCACCGCACACGUUGGGAAAACUACUCAACAACAACAUAAAUGACAAAAUCAUUUGCAUUUUCCUCCAUUUUGUUCCAAGUCACAUGAAGAAACCAUGGUUUGUCAUUGGCUAAUUGAUUCAAACAGCUCAGCACUUAGCUCACAACAUCCGCAGACGCUGAGAUUUUUUCUUCGCGAGGCGAAAACUAUCAAACACGAUAGAUAUUUUCCUCAAGGCCUCGAGAGGUUAAAUCCUCACGAAAACUAUCCGCACACGGGAGCAACUUGCUGAGCUAAUCGCCUCACGAGGCGGUUAGCUCAGCAAGUUGCCCUCGUGUGCGGCGGGCUUAAGGUCGCAGGUUCAAGUCCCAGUGAGAACUUUCUCGACGUGACUCGAACUCAUUUCUCGUGUAAAAAGAGUAAAAGUCAACGCUCUGCCAAAAGUCGUGGAUUUUCUCCGGGUACUCCGAUUUCCUCCUACAGAGAAGGUUGACAGGGUGGGUUAGGUAAAAGGGACCACAGUAAUUGGCAUAUGCUGUUGUGGUGACCCUGCCCUAGUUGGCAAAGCUAAAUAAAUAAAUAGACUCGCCUUGCCGGGUAACUCGCCUCCAUAAAAACAGGUGCCCUAAGAAUCGAAUUAGACCCACUUACUUACUUAUUACAUGUAUUUAAUUAUCCAGGCUUGGAAAUAACAGGAAAACAACAAGACGAGCUGAACAAAUGGUGUAAAAAUAACAUUGAUACCCGAGAAGAGUUGUUUGCCUUGAGUGAUUAUGACAAAACUGGGAAUAAGAAAAAAUGGCGCUGCUAUAGCAAGGAAGCGCUCAACAAUGAAGAGACUGCUUAUGAUUUUGAAAAACAAAGCAUCAAAUACUACACACGAAACAACGAACUCCUGGGUUUAUUUGGAAGGCGUAAGUACAGUUACAGUUCAGUGAUACUUCAUUGAUGAUUUAAUUUAAGGUGGCUCCCUACCAGACUAGCCCCUAGUCCUCUGUGCACGCUUUUGAUUUCCGUGACGUCAGGAGCCGUCACCUCAUUAAUAUGCAUAAACGCGAAAUAGGCGUACUAAGAGGCCUAGGGACUAGGCUGGCUCCCUACAGUUUAAGCAUGGGACUGGUAACGAUGUAUGAUUGGUAUCCUCCAAUUCGGACUGGACUAGAUUUCAAGUCCUCGCAUUUUGAUCAAAUUGCGCGGACUUGAAGUCUAUAGUCCAGGCCUCAUAGUCGGAUUUGGAAUAUUACUUCAUCGUGCAUGGUCUCCACCUUUGAAUUUACUAUAUGAGUAAAUACUUAAACACGUUAAAAUUUAUCAAUAUGAUAAAUUCGCGGCACAUUUUGAAUUUAUCAAUAGAGUUAAUCAUGAAACCACACGCAUUAGACAAGACUUUUUGGUAUAAAUGUAAUGGCACUAAAAGGGAGGCCGGUCCCACAUGGGCGGGGAGGUUUUCAAGAUUUUCAAAAAAAAUUUUAAAAAUGUUAAAAAAAGUUUAAAAAGUUAUAUUUUCAAAAAAGUUUAAAAAGUUAGAUAGGGUUAAGGUUAGGGGUUGCCGCGAAUUUAUCAUUAUGAUAGGUGCGCGAAUAAUGUGCCGCGAAUUUAUCAUAAUGAUAAAUUCGGACGUGUUUCAGAAUUUACUCAUAUAGUAAAUUCAAAGGUGGAGCUCAUGCUGCGUGGUUAUACGUUUCAUCUACGCCAUCCCUAUUGGAGGCUACUUAAUGAUACAAAAAUACAAUGAGCCCAAUCACCGUGACCGUGGACAAAUUAACAUAAACUCAGAUAAAAAAUAAUACAAUGACUUCUGUUUAGUUUCUUGACCAUUAUAUCUUAUUAUAUAAUAACGUUAAGAAUUCAAUUCUUUUAUUGGUCGAGAGCCAUGAUCUAUUAGAGGAUCAGACGCACUGAAUUACGUCACACUGGGUCAAGUUGACUGGGUCAAGUUGACGUUUGGAGAAUUUUCCAGAAUAUAUUUCAGAAUAUAUUUCAGAACUCUUAGAAUUAAAGAUUAAUAACUCCAGAUAUAAUCUUAGAUCAUCCAAAGAUAUGAAUCUACUAGAACAAUCUUUUACAAUAGAAAGUAAAAAGCAAAGCUACGCUGGGUGACCGCUCUUUUACUGUUGCGGCACCAAAGCUAUGGAAUAAUCUUCCAAAUGCUCUGCGGAAUAUUUCGAAUGUUGACAGUUUUAAAUGUCUCCUAAAAACAUACCUCUUCAACUCAGGCAUAUAGUUGUUAAGUUGUCACCAUUUUAUAAAGAGAUGAUUGUUAUACUUGUAUCUUAUUUGUAAUUUUAUAUUUAUUAUACUUAAUUAGUACUUCCAAAUUGAUGUAAAUAUUCUCAAAAUUUUAAAAUGUAAACCAUGUGAUUGGUUUUUCUUUGUAAUGCGCCUGUGAGCAUCUUCCCAUGUAACAGGGGCACUAGAAGUUAAUAAAUUAUUAUUAUAAUAUGGGAAGGACAAAAAAGUGACCCGCUCGUCUCGGUAGCUCGUGGACACUUUUUUGUUCUUCCCACAUUAUGACGUCAUACCGUGUGUGUAUAAUUGAACAGACAACGGCAAAAUCUUAUCUAUUUGUUAGACUGAUGGCGUGUUAUAACUUAUGAGUUUUCAGAUUCUGUGCGGUACUGUAUGUGUAAGUGAACACAUUAAAGGGAUAUGACAAUAAAAAUUAACUUUGUCUUUUUGAGAGAAUUUUUAAAGUUAUAUAUGAAGACCCUUUACAACUUUUUCGUAUCUUGCUUGGUUUUCGAAAUAUUUUGGCCAAAAACAGUGUGCAGUCCGCCAUCUUGGUAUUAUAAUUGACCUAAUUAACUGAGUUUUUGGUGACGUCACAAGCAGGGUAAACUUGUUAAAACUACUUCAUGUGGGACUAAGUUUCUUCUCGAAAUGUUUCUUAAAAUGUUGUGAGUUAAUUGAGUACUAAAAAGACUUCGGAAAAUCGAGUUUCAUAUUGAUCAUGACAUGUGGUUUGAAAGAUAAAAAUUUCGCUUUUUACCCUAAUUGUGACUAAUGCAUAUCGAAUGCAUAUCCAAGAUGGCGGAAUGCACGCUGCUUUUGAUCAAAAUAAGUCGAUUUAUUUCGAAAACCAACAAGAUACGGAAAAAUUGUACAGAAGUUUAUCAUUUUAAAUCUUCUUUCAAAUAAGACAAACUUAAUUUAUAUUACCAUAUCCCUUUAACUUUCUGGUAAUUUCCAACUUUGUAUUUCAGUAAAAGAUGAAACACCGUUAAUGGAAAAUGAAAAAGUUGAGCCAGGCCUACGCAUGGAAACAUGGAAGAACAUCAAAGGAAACAGAUUAUCCAAUCUCCAAGCUGAUGAUCGUUUCCCCAACAAACCUGAUUAUAUAGCAACAUUGAAGACAUUUGAUAUUGGGAAGGACCGUCUUGAUAACUAUGGCGCUAGAGUUUCUGGAUUCUUUAGGGUAUGCAAGUUGUUUUCUUAAACGUGCUCUUUAUGUGUUUGACUAACUCAAAAUAUUUUUGGGCAUGUGUCAUUCUAGGAAGAAAAUGUAGUAGAUCGGUUAGAAAAAGCUCUUUUUUAUUGAUUUUUUGCUGUAGUAGUUGCAGGAUAUGAUGUUAUAGUAGAUGAAUUAUAAAGUACUUCUUCUCUGGUUUCUUUUAUACUGCUCAAAUUCAUCUAAUGAGUUCAUAUUCGGCAAAUUUUACAGGGAAAAAGUCGAGCUGAUUUGUUGCAGAGAUGUUUUUUCGACUCAAAUGGUAACAUAAAAUAAGUUAUGUUUGAGGCCUGUGGCACUUUUUAAAGUCCUUUUUAAAAAGCUUUUUAUCUUCUAACAUAAACCAAAUUAAUACACCCUUUCGAUAAUUACGUCACAACUACACUGUUUUCAACUUAGGACCACCUUAAAUGGAAAGGAUUUCAAGUUUUUUCUAAUGGGCUAUGCAUAGAGAAGCAGAACAUCCUUCUUCAUCACAUGCGCGAAAAAAGUUUGGAUUUUGAUCAAUAAAUAUGGAAAUAAGCAUUAACACGAAAACGAGGCUCCAGGUUAUGACUUGGAGCCUCGUUUUCGCGUUAAUGCUUAUUUCCAUAUUUAUUGCUCAAAAUAAAGCAUUCUUUUUCAUGCAUGUAUUGAAGUAGGAUGUUCUGCUUCUCUGUGCAUAGCCCAUGAGAAAAAAAACCCUUGAAAUCCUGUCCAUUAAAGGUGGUCCUAAGUUGAAAACAGUGUAGUUGUGACGUAAUUAUCGAAAGGGCCGGUGCAUUGUACAGUGCCUAUAUUCAGUCAGACGCAUAUUUAGGAAUAUGGGGAAUUCCAUGGUGACUCGUGUUACAUUUUGAUCCAAAUUGUCAGAGUAAUUUUGAUCUGGUGUAAUAACUGAUAUAUUUUUUUAUCACAUUUUUGCAUGCAGGUACAAAUAAUGGUAAGCUAUUUGAUUCACAGUAAAAAUUAAACUUUUGAUUAUAAUAUGAUAAGAUUGGUGGCCAUAAAUUGGUGUGUGACUCAUUUUACGACAAAGUGACGUGAGGUACACCAACCCAACUACUUUUGAAUUUCGGGAACCAUAGGAAGGAGAAACAUACAAUGUCUGUCAAGUAGCAUACUAUUAUGUUAGGCAAUUAGAACGAACAAAAAGAAAUUUUAUAUUUUGGAUUGCAAUAGCAAGGAUGGCUACAUAAUACACGUGACUCAUGUUACGUGACUCAUGUUACAUAUAAAGUACAUCUUAAUAUUUCAGUUCACAAUUGUUUCCAAUAUAGCUUCUGAAAAUUCUUGACAACUUUUGUUUCAAAAAUUGUCACCAGCACCAUGGAAUUACCCAUAUGUGUUUGAUACAAAAAUACAUUGAUUACCACAAUUAGUGGAUGUUUAUUGAACGGGAGCACAGGUACUGAAUGCGAUUGAAUGAUGUGGUGUCCUUUGCUGCUGAGUUAAUCUGAUCUGACCUGAUGUGACUGGUGCUCUUCUGUGCUUUUGAAGUGAAAUGCCAAUAUGGAUUUUUAUUUUCUCAUUUGAAAGAACUUUUGGAACUAUAUCUUAACUUUUUUUACCGAUUUUUCUUAUCUUGCUUAGUUCUUGAAAUAUUUUCACUUGAAGUAAUGAGAUGUCCGCCAUCUUGGAUAAAUUUUCGAUCUCAACGGUAUUUUUGGUGACGUCACAACAGGGAUUAACCAUAUAAAAGUAUUCGUUGCUGACUAAAUAUUGAUUGGUAUUUCGAAGGGCAGACAGAGUGUAGUUUUGAGUGCAAAAUGAUAAGUGGUUGUCUAGAUCAAAUAUUGGGUUACCCCCCUGUUGUGACGUGACAUGCACAUCUACAAAAUUUGAAGAUGGCGGUCAUUUCAUUCCUUUCGAUCAAAAUAUUUAUAUUAGUAAGCCAGAUAUGAAAAAACGGUAAAAGGAUAUUAUAUAUAGUCUUCAAAGCUCAUUAUAAUUAUUCAUGAGGAAAACACAAAGAAAAAUCACAAGCGUGUCGUAUCUUUGUAUGUGAUAGAGACUUCCCUUGAUUUACAUAAACUUUAACUUUGAUUUUCUCGACUUACACAACUUAUUUUUUGAAAAUUACUUCGCCAAUGAACUGACAAGGUCGAUCAUAAUUUUUGAAGCGAUUUAAAACAUUCGCAGUGCGUGUUUUAUCAUACCUAAAGAUACUCGGCUUCGCCUCGUAUCUUUAUAUCUGAUAAAACACAGCUGCUCAUGUUUUAAAUAGUACUUAAAAGUUCUUCCAAAUGACAAAAUAAAAAAUGUAUUGCCAUUUCCUUUUAAGGUUUUCUUAGAGUAGUUUUGUUUCCGACCCUCACUGUUACAGUCAAUUUCAGCUGACUUUUCAUCGUAAGAUUCCGAACUUCGUUCCGAACUUUGCAAAUUCGUUGCCAAGUUCAAAAGUUCAUAAUGAAAUUCACAAACAGGUUUGUAAACAAAGCCUCUGAUUGGCUAUUAAAUCAAACCAGCCAAUCAAAUGCCCAGUUUACAAACCUGUUUGUGAAUUCAUUAUGAACUUUUGAACUUGGCAACCAAUUUGCGACGUUCGGAACGAAGUUCGGAAUCUUACGAUGAAAAGUCAGCUGAAAUUGACUGUAAUAUAACUAACUCUUCCGUGUUAGCUGCGCCCAGGGAUCAGACAUUGGUCAUAUUGUGGCAGCAAGAGAUGUAUGUGUCCUUUGCAAUACACCCUUUCGAUAAUUACGUCAAAACUACACUGUUUUUGACUUAGGACCACCUUAAUGGAAAGGAUUUCAAGUUUUUUUUCUCAUGGGCCAUGCACAGAGAAGCAGAACAGCCUUCUUCAACACAUGCGCGAAAAAAAGUUGGAUUUUGAUCAAUAAAUAUGGAAAUAAGCAUUAACACGAAAACGAAUGAUCAUUAGCAUGACCUGGAGUUUUGUUUUAGUGUUAACGCUUAUUUCCAUAUUUAUUAGUCAAAAUUAAGAAUUCUUUUUCAUGCAUGUGCUGAAGAAGGAUGUUCUGCUUCUCUGUGCAUAGCCCUUCGGAAAAAGAACUUGAAAUCCUUUCCAUUUAAGGUGCUCCUAAGUUGGAAACAGUGUAGUUGUGACGUAACUUUCGAGAAGGUGUAUUCAGCUUUUGGCUGCAAGGAAAAAUGACAAGCACCUUCUCCCUUUAUCUCUAUAUAGGCUCCAGUAAGUGGCGACUAUAUAUUCUACCUUGCAAGCGAUGACGAAAGUGAACUGUGGUUAAGUACUGAUGAAGACAAGGGAAAUUCUCGUAAGUUGGCUGAAUUGAAGGAGAUGAAGAGAACUGGUCACACUGGCUAUCAACAGUGGAACAAGUAUGUGGAAUGUCACUAUUAA